GCCCAAGGCCUAGGCAACAGACUUGUCGUGUGAUCCUCAUGCGCCAAUGGCCCAGCUGUCUCCUAGGCGACGAGGAGGGUCUGUGCUCCAGCGCCACAGCACCCCCGCCCCAAGUCCGCACUGCAGAGAGCUGUGGCGAGCCGCGCCGGCGCAUUGGACGACCUGUGGGGACCAGAGGACUAGAGAGAGCAAAGGAUCUGGCAAGAGACCCUGGAAAGGAAUGGUGUUCGGCCCCGCCUCCUCUCUGAGCAGUCUGGGAACCUCGCUGCGGGACUGAAUGAAGAAGCAUCUUGUCUUAGGAAGAGACUUUAGAGACCCGAAGGGGCUACAGAUCUCCUGGGAUUUGCCUCCGGUUUAUGUGCAUCACCUCCUGCUCACCCAUCCCCCACCACAUUAAAAUCUCUUGAAGUUGGGGCCAUGCCGUUGAACCUGUUGCAGGACUGGUGUAGGGGGGAGCAUCUGAACACUCAGAGGUCUAUGCUGAUCCUGGGGAUUCCAGAGGACUGUAGUGAGGAUGAGUUUGAGGAGACUCUGCACGAAGCUCUCAAGCAUCUGGGAAGAUAUAGGAUCAUCGGCAGGAUGUUUAGGAGGGAGGAAAAUGCCCAGGCCUUUUUGGUGGAACUUGCACGUGAUUUUGACUAUGCUUUGGUGCCCAGGGAAAUAGAAGGAAAGGGUGGACCCUGGGAAGUGGUUGUGAAACCCCCUAAUUCAGAUGAUGAAUUUCUUAAUAGACUGAAUCACUUCUUAGAAGAGGAGAGGCGCACAGUGUCAGAUAUGAACAGAGUCCUUGGGACGCGCUCUAAUUAUUCACCUACCAAAACGGCUAUCUCAGCAGAUUUCUGGGUCUGGGCUCAGACUCUAGGUGCAGUGAUGCAGCCUCUGCUAGAACAAAUGUUGUACCGAGAACUAAGAGUCUUUUCUGGGAACACCAUAUCAAUCCCAGGGUUAUUGGCCUUUGAUUCCUGGCUUGAGCACACCACUGAGAUGUUACAGAUGUGGCAGGUACCUGAGGUGGAAAAGAGGAGGAGGCUGAUGGAAUGCUUGAGAGGCCCUGCUCUACAAGUAGUCAAUGUGCUCCGUGCCAAUAAUGCUGCCAUUACAGUGAAGGAGUGCCUGGAGGCCCUGCGGCAGGUAUUUGGGUCCGUGGACAACCGAAAAAUCGCCCAGCUGAAGUUUUGCAAGGCUUAUCAGGAGCCAGGGGAGAAAGUUUCUAGCUUUGUGGUGCGUUUGGAGACCCUACUCCAAAAAGCCCUUGAGAAAAAUGCAAUAUCUCGAAAAAAUGUGAAUCAGACCCGCCUGAAACGAAUCUUAGGUGGGGCUAUCCUUUCUGCAAAACUUCGAGAGAAACUUAAGAUGCUGAAACAGCGUAGAAGGCCACCUGGUUUCCUGGCCCUAGUGAAGCUUUUCCGUGAGGAGGAGGAAGAGUGGGAGGCCACUAGGGAUCCAGAAAGGAGCUGCUACGAGGGGCUGGAGUUAGGCCCAAGUCCCUCUAAUAUAGGCAAUGGGGAGAGAGCACUAUUUGUUCCAGCUUUUGGCAGUGUUCUUGAAGCAAGGCCUUACCAGGGUUCCCACCACCGCAGGAGGAGAGGCCAGCACCGAAGGGGAGGUGUGCCCAGGGAUGGUUCUCAAGGCACAAGAAAGCAGAAUUAUGACACAUUCUGCUAUAGUUGCGGGGAAGAUGGCCAUAUCAGAGUACACUGUUUUAACCCUUCCAACCGGACGUUGGUGAAGCAGAAGAGACAGGCUGCAAUGGAGAAGGGAAACAGGAGCUGGGCUUGGGAGAAGAGCCAUCCCAAGCCCAAGACCAAGUAGGCUCCAGGGAACAGGGUAACCUUUGUUCCUGUAAGCCAAGGAGAAAAAAGAGAUAUUUGAAGAAGGGGGAAGACCAGCUCAGAGAAAUCACAGGGGACUUUAGAAAGGCACAGGGGCAAUGUAAUCAGGCAGAAGUCAAGUCCCCUAAGCUAGUACUAGCUGGAGAAAAUUCUAACAAGCAAAACUACACUGCAUUCAACUCAAUAAUGACCAGACACAAGGCCUCUAAGAGAAGGAAGCCUCAAGGAACUGCUACAGCUGUGUGGGGCCACAAGAACUCAGAUGGGGGUGUCAGCAAAACAAAGGCAACCUCAAGUCCAUAUGGGGUGUGGAGGAGUCUGCCACAGGGUUGUCUUGGGCAGAGGACAGACACCAGUGCCUGGGAGCAAGUGUAGCUAGGCAGGGAGGCAGUACCCAGGAGAGGAGGCCGCAGGAUCCAGCCUGUCUUCAGGAUCAUCUACACUGCUCUAGGGGAGCCCCAUGAGGGCAGCAACCUUGAGUCCUUUCGUGAGUGAACUCUCGCCACCCCCGUGAAACCCCCAGGUCUCUGGGCCCAAAGGACCCAGGAGGCCAGUGCCAACACAAGGCAGUUUCCUUCUUAGCACCCUGACAGGACACCAGUGCUGGAGAGGAGCCCCAGGCUGGGGCACAUGGCACCACAGGGUUAAUGCUCUCAGCUGGCCUGAGAGCCUGGGAGUGUGCAGGGCAGGUUUUGUGUGAACAAACAGGAGGUGGAAGAGGACUCUGAGGGAGUGGGGUGGGGGAGAGUUUGUUCUGCUCUCUUUUGUCCAGGGCUGCUGGAGAAUUCCAGAGAGCAAGCAGGGAGAGCCAGGUGAAUACAACUGUGCCAGGCAGCUGCCAAGGCUGGCCCCAAACCCUGCCGACCUGGGAAGGUGGCCUGGCGGUGUUGCUGAGGUGCCACCCUCCAUCUGCCACCCAUACCAUACAGGUGGAUGUCACAGAAAAGGCCAUCUCAAGGGUUCUGCUGACUGCCUGGCUCUCCCAACACAAACUCCCCUCCCUCUUCCCUUUACCCCUCCCCCCUUCCCAUUGCUGUCCAGAGGCAGGCUACCCCCUGCUCUGGAACCUAGCCCCCUGCUCUAGGCCCCUUGCCUGUUAACCUCAUAGUGACCCAGCUGUCCAGUGAGUCCCUUUCCCUGUCGAGUGCUUACCUACCAUCGGCUGCUCCUGUAUAAAGCCAUGAGUAAGGUGUGUGUUAACGAGGGCAAGUGGAGGCCCUGACUACCUGGUCAGCCACCUCUACACCCUGGCACAUGUUGUGAGCUUCUGCGCCAGCCUAGGCUAUGCUAGCUGCUCUCCCACCCACCUGGUGUUGUGAACUCCUUGUCAGCUUUCCUGGUGUACAUCUAGGCCAGAUGCCUGCUGCUUGUUCUCUUGCAGAUGUGUGUGUGUGUGUGUGUGUGUGUGUGUGUGUGUGUGUGUGUGUGUGUGUGUGUGUGUGUGUGUGUGUGUGUUUGUUCUAACCUGAUCAGGUGCUCCCCAGAGCUCCCGAGCCCAGUUCUGGCAGCCAGUGGGAACCAUGGAUGUUGACAAGAGACUGGCUGAUGCUCAUCUUAUGAUUGACUUCAGUCUGCGGACAGGAAGACCUGAACUGGGCAUGGGUGGGGGCCUGGGGACUGUGCUGUGCUGUCCCACUCCUUUUGUUCCUUGUGACAUCAUUCCUCAGGUUGGUGGGGUAUUCCUUGCUGUGCUUUGCAGUUUCUUGUGAUUAUCCUGUGCCAGAAUAGGGCAGUGCCACCCUACUGUGUUAAUCCUUUGUGAGAGUUCCCAAAAGACCUAGGAAAUUUUAAGAGGUAGCUCUUGGGCCCUUGGGAAGGGAGAAAAUAGCAGAGGGAUCCCAUGGUGGUAAGCAGACAAGGCCCUUGUGAGAAGCUCCAGGAGGGUGGCCCAGAACCUGUUGCUUCUAGUGGCUGCGGAGAGUUCCUGUGUUGCCACCCCUUUCUCUUCAAUAGUGUCAGCAAAUGUUUCUGUUCAAUAAACUUCAUAAAUGUUUCA